CCUUUUUGUUUUUCUCAGUUCUGUAAACGGCCUUAUCUGACACCUACCCCCAGGCAUAAAAAAUUAGAGUAUAGAAACUGUUUGUAGGUAUUUUUGCAAAUGGUCUUCUUUCCUUAUUUAGGUUAUAAAGAGGCACUGAUGUUAAUAAUAUUCUAUUUUACAACAGAUUACAAAACUUCUCACAGUAGCUUUAAACUGCCAGAACUGUCGUGAUUUUUUUAGACUCAAAGUCCUUUUGGACAGCAACUGAAAGUGUUUUGCCUACUGUGUAAUUUCCGCAGCAGACUGAAGAAUCUGAGUUUUCUUGGAUGUUAAUGAUCAACAUCUUGUUGUUCUGAGCAAACACAGAUAACCUUCGAGCACUCAGGAAAAAAAAGAUUUAAUGACACUUAAUUGGGGUUUUGUUUGUCUCUUCAGUUUAAGCAAAGAAAGAAACUGAAAUGACUUUCAUGUUUAUGCCAAAAAGCAACAACCCACAUUUCAUACAAUAUAACAUCUGUUGUUCUAUGACUGAAAAACAUCCAGUUAGUUACAAUCUGAAAACAAGAAGGCGCCAUGGACUUCCUCUGUAGUCAGAACUGUUCAGUGAUCUUCAAGCUGCAUUAAUUGUAUGGAUAUAAACUGGUUAAUGGUCAACCAAGAGGCGCUCAGCUUCAUGUGAUAUCUUGAUGUGAACUUUUAGCUUCCGCUUACGUAGCAGCUACUUUAACUGCUGCAGUGGAUUAGGCAUUACAGAGCCUAUUGUUCAAGCCUGUUUUUUCCCCCUAAUUUCUCAGUUGUCCCUGAGAAAUGUGGGGACGAAAGUUCUCCACGUUGUUGAAAUGAGCAGAUUUUCAUGAUGGAGUACAGGACUGAUUCAAAACAUGAGAGGCCGUGGUUAAAGGUAAGAAAAACUUAAGCCUGUACUCUUGAAUCUGUUGGUUAAGGAGAGGAAACCAGGUUAGUUACGUAACAAUCUUUUUCUCAGACUCCCUGCCACAGGGAUUGUGUGAACUACAUAAGACUAAGACGUGUGUAAUGGAUGUUUGCCUGUUCAGAAAACCUAAGCAGAGGGGGGCUGAUGCAUGUGUGAUCCAUGCUGUAGCUGCAAUGUGCAGCAGCAGGUUUUUACAGAUUGCUUGCAUGGUUUGGAAGUAUUUGAAGGAAUACUUAAUCUUUUUUUUCUACCACUUUUUAGCUUUUCUUUUGAUUUAAAAGUAACUGUAUUUGAUUCUUCUAGUUUCCCUGCAUAAAAUUCACCUUUUGACCAAGAUUAACAUCUAAAGUCUGCAAAUACUUGUCCUCUCUUAAAUAGGUAAAGCUGCAAAAAAUACUUCAUACAGCCUUUUAACACAUCUGGACAUUAAACAAACAAAAGUAAAUGAAAUCUACGAAAGACAGCUCUAUAGGUCAGACAAAGGCCAGAGCUGCAAACCUUGAAAGGCGUCAAGCCUCCUCCUUGAGUGUCUCUCUGAGGAGGCACAGGAGCCAGAAAGCCUCCGAUUCCUCUCCAGCUCCACUCAGGGCUCCUUGAGUCCAACUCCCCUAUCUGCUAGUUGUAGCAGUUGUGAAAUGAAUAACUGGUGUCAAGCGGCCCCUGUAAUGCCCGCUGUGCUGCUGAGGGCUCAGACAUAAACACAACUCUGGCUGGCUACUUCAAGCACAAUCAGGACCUUGAGUAAAGCUCGAGUUCAUUCAAGGUUUUCUCAAGCAUCCUGGCUUUGAGGUCAUGACUCGCUUCAUUCAUCCUUAAAAUGAGCCAGAUCCUCUGCAACAAUCGGUGACUGGGAGACAAUGAACGAGGAGGCCUAUUUGAGGUCGUUGCUUGGUAAUAUCCACACAGGAAAUUGCAGGUGUGUUCAAACCUGGGUGUGGAAACAAAUACACCCAACCCCUCUCUCCAUAGUGCACUCAAGCCUGAACGCAGGAGGGGAAAACAGGGAGAUACCUCAUCACAUUAGGACAAAAUCUGAGUCAUUUACUUCUAUUACUAGUAGGAGACACACACACUUUCAUUUGGUCAGAAACAGCUCAAGGUAAGAGAAAACCUUUAAUUUUAUUUAACAUUUUUAUUGUUUUUCUUUAACAUCUGCUCAUCCUUUCCUUUUUUCUCAAUUGCUGCAAUUUACAAAAAACUGCAUCUUCUAUAAGCGCACCUUGUGAUCAUAUUUGUUGGACAGAACCUGUUUAAAACAUGUUUUGUGUGAUAGUUUUUCAACCUUUAUCAUUUCAUUUUUAACAGAGGUGAUAUCACUGGGAUGUAUAGAAAGCAUCAACAAAGCUUAUUGUGUGUUUAAUGAGUCAGUGGACAGUGCAGCCUAAUUGAUGCGAAACCAGUCUUUCCUGUCACAGUAAUGGAUGCAGCGCUCGUCAAUUUAUCUAUUCUUUAUAUUGUUUGUUCAGGUUUUUCAUUCAUUGUAUUGGGUGGCACGGCACAAUGUAUGUUGCACAAACAGUAAAACAUCAGUCAGAAUAAAGCGGUUUCAUUUUUGGCAAGCCAUAUUUUUCUUAUAAGUUAAAUUGUCCAUUGUACAAUAACAUACUGUAUGUAGAGAAGCCAUGGGUUCAAUCUGUGCUUUGCCCUGCUCACAUAAAAAAAAUGUGUUACCGUGGAAGAACUUCCUGUAAUCCAAGAAAUGUAACAUACACCAGGUUUCACCAGGUAAUUUCUGUUAUCAUUUGGUUAUAUAAUAUGGAGCUAAGUGCCAAGUUAGACAAAGGAUCAAUCCAGUUGUUAGCUUUAAGCUAGCUUUUCAUGGCUAAAUUGCUACUUAUUGCUGAAAACCAGUGCCCCUAUGUUCUUAAAAAAUUUAGAGCUAGAAAGUUGAGCUCACAUUCAAUAACACUUAACUGACUGCAUACAUGCUAAAGUUAGCUAACUUAAGCUAUAAUGCUAUUAUGCAAGUUUUGGUUCUUCUCUAUUACAUGCAAACAUCCAUUGACAUCCCAUAAUUUUUACUUUGACCAUUAUAUUCAUGUUUAGUUACGUAGUACUGCCUCAAAACUAGUGAUAGAUCUGCAUUUUUUCAUAUGAAGACAUACCCAAAGUUAUCCCUGUAUGACUCAUUCAGACCAACACUCGAAAUAAGGUUUGAUUUUGCCCAACCCAAUCGUUUUAUUAAAAUCUCAACCCUUUUUUAAUAUUUGCUGUGUGUGUGUCAGCUUUUUAUUUUAUUACUUCAAUACAAAAACGCCUUAGUAGUAUUAAAAAUGGGCGUGGUAAACACUGUGGAAGAGUACAGCUGACCUGACCAAGUUCACCUCACCUUUACCUCCCACUCAAUCAAUCACUGCCUGCCAAGACAUUAGUUCACCUCUACUAGUAGAAAAGAUUAGAUUCUGAGGCAGCGUGCAGUUUAUGAGCCAUGAAUUAAAGCUGUGUGAUUUCUCUGGAGAAUGAGCACAGCGACAGCUCCUCCAGCUAUUCAACAAUUGAUUCUUGUUUGCGUGGAUCCUGUGUUUGCAUUCAUGAUAUGUUGGCGGCAGUGUGACAUCCCCCCCCGAGCCUGUUUCCAUAUGGUGUCACCACUAAGCCUAUAUUCUUGGCUCAGCCGGUGCUACAGCGUGUUUGCUUAUCAGUGCUGUUGUUUCUGAUAUCUCAGUCAAGAGGCUGUUUAAGCCGCGCUGAUUGCAGAACUUUAAGGCUGAUGUGGCACCAAGCUGACACUCAUUAGGAGGAUUAGUGGUAUUUUACUGUCAGAGAUACAAUCUUUUGAAAGGGUUCACUUGCCAUGUCGGAUACAUCUGUUUUCAGUGAAAUGAUAGGAAAUGCAGAGAUGAGGAGGAGGAGGAGGAAGAGGCUUUGAAAUAAAUGUUUGUAUGUUCAAGUAUUUGGAGGACUUACAAUUGGAUGUUUUUAUUAGAGUUCUAAAACAGAGAGGCUACUUAUCAUAACUAGACCAUGAGUCAGAUAUGCAGGUUACUGAUUACUAAUUUUUCCCUCUUUUCUCCUUAGCUUUUCAUACCUCAUUAUUAAUCUUGUUUUUUUUUUGUCUAAACCCAAAAUUAAGAUAUUGAUACACCCUUCCUGCCCCCCAAACACCAUCAUCAGCCGGUAUAGACUGGCUAGGGGUUGAAAACAAACUAUAAACUAACUCUUUUAAACCAAUUUCUGAUUUAGUUAUUCUGAACAUGCAGAAAUUUGCACCUAAAAUACAAACCCCCAACAUAGAAAUGGUUUUAUUUUACAAAAUGUCCUUUGUCGAAUUGUUACUUAUUUAACAAUGAGAUAUUUUAUUCCAGCUUUAUAAGUUUAGUCUUUUUCAGUAAACAUCCCAAACAAUACACUAGCUGUCAGCUCUGUGAGUUCUUAGAAUAUGUUGAUGGCUUUUGUACCCAGAACUGGCUCUGUAAACAGAGAGCGCAAAGUGAGUUAUACAAUGCUUUCCCACCGACGUUUAGCAGCUUUGUUUGCCUUCAUUUAUUGUUGUUCCAAUGUUAGCAAGGCUGAGUUUCACCAAGGCUAAUGUAGAAGCACUUGAAAGCUGUUGAUUCUCUCUGAGUGUUAGCUUUGCAGAGACAACUACAUGCAUACAACCUGGCAAACAUUAACAAAAUUUUGUGUUUUUUGUGGCAACAUAGUUUAAAGCAAUUAAUACAACUUGUUAUAUUAUGAUGAUGUUUGAGUUGCAUUUUUAAUUGAGCUGGUUGAGGAGGAACUAGUUUCAUAGUUUAUGACUUUUUUUCCCCAAAGAGCUUAAAACAGCAAAUUUUGAAACCCAAGCUAACAUGUUGCUACAAGAUAAAUAUCUUGUGCUCAUAAGAUUAUCUCCUCAUGGGACUUCAGGAGCUCUGCACAUUGUGGGAGUAGUGUGUACUUAUUUUAAAACAAAGGAAAAAGUACCUGAAAAGCAACAGUUAUCAAAUCAUUACGACCACAUGAAGAAAAGAUUCAGAUUAAAGUCAAAAUUUCGAGAUGAAAAAUUCAAAAUUAUGUCAAUAAUUUUGAAAUUUUAAGAUUAAAAAUUGGAAUUUCGAGAUUAAAGUUGAAUUAUCGAGAUUUCGAAAUGUCGUGAAUAAUAUCAAAAUUUCGAGAUUAGAAAAAUUAAAAUGUUAAGAUUAAAUUUGAAAUUUCAAGAUUAAAGUCGACAUGAAUGAAGUGGAAAUUUUGACUUUUUAAAAUUUCGACUUCAAUCUCGAAAUUUCAACUUUAAUUUCGAAAUGGAAAUUGAAAAAUUGUCCCUCCUGUAAUUAUUUUUCCUCUCUCCUUUUGGCCCUAACCAUUUUCCGUAUUUUAGAGCAAAGAGAACAUUAGUACUAGUAAAUUAAAUGGUAGAAGAAAAUGGAAACACUUUACUUUAAUGGAGUAUUUGAGUAAAUAUGCAAAGUUACACUCCACAGCGGACUAUUUGGCUAUUCAAAAUAUAUAUAUUGUUGCAUUUAUUUGCUUCAAAGGUGCAUAAAAUAAUAUUGCAUUCUCUGUCAUUUGUGUUUUGCUGCCUUUUAAUAUGCCUAAAUGGAUAAAUCUGACACCUGCACAUAAGUAUGCUGUACUGUCUUAUCAGAUAUCAAAAGCAUUGUUCAAUACUUAUUUAAAGAAAAAGCACGUCUCAGUUUUUCUUAUCUCUUUUUUUUUUCUUUAGUUCAGCAGAAGCAUGAGUGAUGACGGUCAAGACGCAUUUAGAAAUGUUCAUCGGAAGCCGGGUCUGCAGAUAUGGACGAUCAACGUGAGUCAGACCUCAGACAGAUAGACUGUUGAAAGCUCAAGCAAGAUUUCAAAAUGAUCAAUGUGUCUGUUGUUGUUGUUCUCUUGAUCAGAACAUGCAGAUGGUGUCAGUUCCAACCCAGGGCUUCGGUAACUUCUUUGAAGGGGACUGUUACAUUGUUCUCUAUGUAAGUGUGAUGCUGCCUGAUUUCCAAACACACGACAGAAAAGUUCUAAUAAAUGAGUGAAGGCAUGUGAUUUAUGCAUGAUUUGCUCAUAUGUAUAGAAGUGUGACUGUCUCUCCUUCUGUGUUUCACACCAGAUAAGUAUGAACAAGAGCUCAGUCCAGUCAGCUGAUAUCCACUACUGGAUUGGAAAAGCCUCUUCCCAGGAUGAGCAGGGUGCAGCAGCCAUCUUUGUCACCCAGCUGGACGAACACCUAGGUGGGAGUCCAGUUCAGCACAGGGAGGUGCAGGGAAGCGAGUCGCCACGGUUCAGGAGCUACUUUAAAAACGGCCUCAUGUAAGUCAAAAAAAGAGGCUGGUAUGCCAGCUAGAAGUGGUUGUUGACUAAAUAAAGAGAGGGAGUCACACUUGUGCUGUAAUCUUCCAGUGACAUGGCUUACAACAGUAAUCCCUCUGCAUGGAAUCAUUAUGGCACAAAUUACACUUGUUUGGUUGAGGCUUAGCAAAGAAAAACUGUUCUCUCUUGCCCAGUUCAUAAACCUCUCUCUUUUCAUUGGGUUUUCUCCUUCAUGAUGAGGUUAAAAAGAAGGUAAAACUGUAAUACUAAGAAAGAUCGACAUGCUUUGGUACUCUUGUACUCUUGUCCUGCUGCCAGUCUGCUGUUGUUUUAUUGCACUUGAACUUCUGUACCUGAUAUCUUGACAGCUACAAGAAAGGGGGAGUGGCUUCAGGUUUCAACCACGUUGACACCAACGCCUACAAUGUCCUGAGAUUGCUGCAUGUCAAAGGGAGGAAGCAUGUCACAGCGUCAGAGGUAUGCAGCGUGGAAUAAGAAAGGGCUUUGAUGGGGAUUAAUGCUGCUGCUCCUGCACUAGUGUUCAAGGAACAGUGAUUGAGGGAUUUAUGGGGUUAGUGAUUGUUUGGAGCAGGUGAGGAGGUUUUAGCUAAAAAGAAAAAAAAAGAACAAUGGUAGCUACAAACUUCAACAGAUUGUAUGCAUUGUAGUUAAAGAGGACAAAUGCAUAACACAAUUAUCCAAAAAGCAUCACAACUCAAUUCAAAAUCACCAUAAGAUAUUGGUUCAUUUAUAGCACACAAACCAUGAGUGUUUGACAUGCCCCUUAUAGCCACACUUCCUAAGAUAGGUAGUCAGUGUGUGGUAAUUGAGUUACAAUUCUCCAUUUUAAUAGUACGUGUUUGUCUGCAGGUGGAGGUGUCAUGGAGCAGCUUUAACAAUGGAGACAUAUUCCUGUUGGAUAUGGGGAAAGCCAUAGUCCAGUGGAAUGGCCCCCAGAGCAACAGGAGAGAGAAGCUGAAGGCGAGUCCUCAUCAGAGAUGUUGCAUUCUUGAUAGCUACACUCUAAAAAUUCCAGGGUUGAAAAGGGAGAGACUACUUAUUGGGUUAUUUUUACCCAGAAUGUUCGGUUAUUCAAAUUAACCCAAGUUUUGGGUUGACUCAAUAACCCUUUUUACGGGUCAAGUUAACACGAUGUUCGAGUUAAUUUGACUCAUAAUCUUGGGUUAUAUUGAUAUGUACAUUUAGGGAGCUUUUCGUUCACAACCUGUACCUUAUUUUCCCAUGUACUUUUAUUUAACUGUUUGUAGUCCAUAGUGCUAAGGGUCUUGCCGAAAGACCCACACUGGUGGAUGUACUUUGAACCCGCACCCCGCUGGUUAAAAUCAAGGUCAAAUUUCACUGGGUCACUUUUAUUGCCAUUAGGCCUAGAAACCACGUAGAGUCAAUCAAAUCCAACGUUCUGACCCAAUUAUUGGGUUACUCUCAGACAAAUAACCCAUAAUUAUUAACCCAUUCAAAAAACCCUCAAAUUGGGUAACAAUAGAAUCCAUAUGACCCAAGAAAUGGGCAUGGAUCUGAAAAAUAACCCAGAAAUUUAACUCAACACGUAUAACUCGGGAAUUGGGUUGAAGAAAUAACCCAAGAGUUUUUAGAGUGUAAGUUAUUGUCCUCUUGAGUAAAAGCAGACACUGAAAAGUAAAAAUGCAAUGGGUACAUUAUGUUUUAUAAAGUUAAGUUCUUUGAAAAAUGUCAUAAUGUUGCAGAGCCUGGUAUUGAUUUUAUUACUGCUAAUGAAAUUAUGAAGGAACCUCAUCGUUCUCUUUUUUCCCACCAUCCUUAUGGGCAGGCGGUGGUGUUGGCUCAGGACAUCCGUGACAGGGAGAGAGGAGGUCGUGCUCAGAUCGGGGUUGUGGAAGGAGGACAUGAGCAAGACUCUCCUGAGCUCAUGAAGGUGAUGCUGGCUGUGCUGGGUCAGAGAAGUGGACCACUAAGGGAUCCCACCCCUGAUGACCAACCUGAUGGUGCACCAAAAAACAUGGUCAGACUCUACCAGUGAGUACUUUUAAUCCAUCUGUUGAAUUAUUGUUGCAACCCAAAUGGAGAUUAUUUAGUAAUGCAAAACAAUCAUGUAAUGUUUUCUCCUUUAGCGUUUAUGAAAGUAGUGGAAAUCUCGUGGUUCAAGAAGUGGCUACGCAGCCUCUGACUCAAGACCUGCUGCACUCCUCCGUAACUGUCUUUUAUCACACACACACAUUUGUUCAAUAUUUUGUUGUUACAGUUAUUGGGUCCAGUCUUAAUAUCUUUUUUUUUUUCACAUAAUUUCAGGACUGUUACAUUUUGGACCACAGAGGCUCCAGUGUGAUGGUGUGGAAAGGCAAGCAUGCCUCCAAGGAGGAGCGGCGGGAAGCUCUCAACAGAGCAGUGGUGAGUUUACUGGAUGCAUUAAAUAAGAAAUCAGAGUAAUCAACUUUUUUAUAUCUGUGAACUACAAUGCAGUUGUGUAAUUUCAAGAUAAAUCAGUUUUCAAUCUCAGUACUAUUAUUCUCUUUUGCCAGCAGUGAAACAUUUAUAAUUUAUAGCAGUCAUAAAAGGUUCUCUUCUUUUAUAACAGGGCUAUAUCAAAGCCAAGAACUACCCCUCCAGCACCAGCGUGGAGGUGAUGACAGAGGGUGGAGAGUCAGCCAUGUUCAAGCACUUGUUCAAAUCCUGGACAGAUAAAGGGCAAACUCAGGGUCUUGGUACCACCUACAGCCCAGGAAAGAUAGGUACCCUCUUUAACCUGAAAUAAAUAUUCACAGGGAUCAAUUAGCUUCAAGAGCUAAUGUUCUCAUACAAUAAAGAGCUGAAAACAAUGCACAGUGCCUUGCAAGUUUAAAAUUGCAUUACUGACACCAUAAACUAUGUGGGCUAAGAGAGCGCUUUCUGAGGGCUUUAUUCCUGUCCCAUUUAAGCACUUAUUAUUUUUGUUAUGUAAGACUUUCAUAAGAAGAAAAUCUAGUUUUCUCUUUUGAUACUGCCUAUGAAUAGUGUUAUUUCAAACUGAACACUUUGGGUCUUUUGUACAGCAAAGGUUGAACAAGUUAAGUUCAAUGUGAUGCAACUCCACGCUCGACCUGACCUGGCAGCACAGCAGCGCAUGGUGGAUGACGCCUCCGGAGAUGUCAAGGUAAAGAUUGAAAAGGUGCUCCUUUGGUGCUCCUACUGGUAUCGUGAAAGAAAGACAGUUGAUAUUCUUUUAAUUUUAUAAAUCAGGUUUGGCGUAUAGAGGACUUGGAGCUGGCUGAAGUAAAUCCAAGUACUUACGGACAGUUUUAUGGAGGAGACUGCUAUCUGGUGCUGUAUUCUUAUCAAAGAUCAUACCAGCAGCAGUACAUACUCUACAUGUGGCAGGUCAGUAUCGUCACAGAAGUAAGUCAUUGUUAACAUACUUCAGUGCCCAUUCACACUCUUAUGAAUGAGACAUUACAGGAACUUCCUCUCUUUGUGGAAUCACAGUGUAGCCUACUGUAAUCACGUUUAUUGACAUUACUCCAGUAUCUUGCUGGUGAUAAUGGUAGUUCAGGAUUGACAUGCAUAUCUUUAAAGACUGCAUUUUUAUCCACUCACACUCAUUAGUAUUGACCUGAUAAGAUUUGAAUGGUCAGAGGGCAAGGUUAUUUCCAUCCCUUUCAUGUAGGUUCCAGAUCACAGUCGCACCCGGUCAUAAAAGUGUCCACUUACAGCCACCAUAUUUAAGCUUAAUCUUCAUACAAACGUCACAUAACACUGAGAGAAAACAAUAUUAAGCUCAAAACUAAAAAUGAUUAAUGGAUUAAACGAAUAAAACUAAUGACUCUGUGUUUCUGAUUUCAUUGUGAAACAAAUUAGAACCAUUUAUCAAAGGUAGCUCCAACAACAACAACAACAAUAAUAAUAAUAAUAAUAAUAAUAAUAAUAAUAAUGAAUAAUAAUAAUAAUAAUAAUAAUAAUAAUAAUAAUAAUAAUAAUGAAUGAUGAACUUUAUUUGUAUAGCACCUUUCUAGGACAGUUGUCACAAAGUGCUUCACAGUCAUCAAAUUAAAAAGGGUGAGACACCAAGACAUAAAAAUCAACAAAAGUACACUAGUGGCCAAAGUCCUUGUUCCACAGUAUGACUCACAAAGAGCUGAAGAGAUACCAGCCAACCAUUGAUUUCACCAGCUAUUUGUUGGCGUUUGGUCACGUGACUUACAAUAAAACUUAACUGUUACUAAUGUAACUGUGAGGGCAAUCUUGAGAAAUUCUCACUAGCAGUUUUGUGUCUCCCACUAGAGAGUCACGUCAGGUCAGGUAGAGUGCAGCAAAUGCAGGUAGAGUGGGGGAUGGUGGGGCUGAGGCAAUACAGAGGCUCAGGGACAGGUGUGUCAUCCUUUUGUCACAGAGAGAGAGUGUUUGGUGGCAUCACUGCAAGGAGAGUAGUGAGGAAACUUUAAUUUUCAUCAAAUCGACAAGUAAGAUAACUUUAAUUUAGUGACUGAGCGAUUGAAAACUUUGCAUUUAUUGAUAAUUUAAGCCUUAUGCACUUAAAAUUUAGUGUUUAAACCAAUCUGACGCCUUUAGGAUUAAUUUUGGUCUCUUUUUGUAGUUUAAACUAAGCCAUCAGAAGGUGAAAUGAUUUGGUUUAAAUAGACCAUAACCUUACACAUCAAGUUUGAAAUGAACUUCAAUUAUUAAUUGGUUAAAAUAAGUUAAAAAGGAUUAGUUUGAGUUAAAAUUAAUUGUAUUAAGCAUGGUUCAAAAUGAGUGGGUGUAAUAAUUUGAAACUGUUUAAAAGCCAAAUUGAUUUUGUUCAUUUCACAAAAUACUGACAUCUCCCAAAAAAAUUAUUGAAAUUCCAAUGAACAAGAUGUAUCUGGUAGCUUUUGAGAAAAUCUUUGGAAGUAAUCGAAGACAAAAGCUGGUCUAUGGCUUUCUCCUGUUGUCAUGGCAACAUAAGCCUCCUUGCCUUUACAUAACGGACUGUGACCUGCAACUUCAGUAGCAAUUCAGAUUUUGUUCUCUUACAAAGAAAAUGUAUUUUUUUCUCGUUAUCUCCCUUUGGUUUUAAAUCAGGGUCGUCACGCCACCAAAGAUGAAAUCACGGCUUGUGCGUACCAGGCAGUAAACAUUGAUAACAAGUACAAUGGCGCUCCGGUCCAGGUCAGGGUGGUCAUGGGAAAGGAGCCUCGCCACUUCCUGGCUAUUUUCAAGGGCAAACUCAUCAUCUUUGAGGUGUGUGUUUUCUGAUGGAAAAUUUUAUUCUCUCAUAUACAAAUGCUUAAAUGUACAAAAUGUCUACCUUGGUUAUGUUUGCUUUGGUAGAGGAAGACUCGGAUAACUGUUAAAUUACUGAUAUACUGAGAGUAAACGUUUUAUUUGUCUAAAGAAAAUUGCUUCAGGUACAAAAACAAAAAGAUCGUUGGAAUAAUUAAUCAAAGGUUAUGGUUAACUAAAUAUUUUACAUAUACGUGUGGCUGACUGCAUGUUGUUGUCCUCAGGGUGGCACAGGCCGACCUGGUGUGGUCAACCCCUCCCAAGGUGCCAGGCUGUUCCACGUGAGAGGGACUGAUGAGCUGAACACAAAGGCCACUGAAGUGCCAGCCAGGGCCUCGUCUCUCAACACCAACGAUGUUUUCCUACUGAAGACCGACCAUGUUUGCUACCUGUGGUAUGGAAAGGUGUGUGUAAAAAAAGCCUCACACAAACUGAAUUUUUAAGAAUGCAAAUUUUAUUUUGCAUCUACACACCACUACGUGUGAAUUCGAUGGUUGGUUCUAUACUUCUCCAGGGCUGCAGCGGCGAUGAGAGGGAGAUGGGGAGAGCCGUGGCUGAUGUGAUGUCCAGGCAGGACAAGCAGGUGGUGAUGGAGGGUCAAGAGCCAGCUGAAUUCUGGGUAUCUCUCGGAGGAAAAGCCCCCUAUGCCAGUGACAAGAGGUAAACACAUCCGUCAGCAACAUCGCACCUUUAUAUCUGACAGCAGUGAUGUUGCUCUAAUCUCAAGAGACAUCUUACCUGACAUUUGGCUUUCCUGCUACUGUUGGGAUUUCUUGUUCACUCGACAACACCAACCUGUCCAACCACAUUUGAGAUUAUUGGUCUAUAAUGGAAAAUGUAGCAAAAUGUAACAUUUAAAAUAACUGAUAAACAGAGAUUUGUCCCAAAACUACUCUAAAAAAGCCUUUUAAUCAUAUUUUAAGGCAUGAAUAAGCUUAAAAUUUAAUCUGCAUGGAUUAUUUUAACGUCACGGUCAGUCAAAUGUGCCUGAUUUCAUAUUCCCCUCAAACAAAAAUAGAGCAGAUUUCACAACUUUAAUGAAAGCCAGCACUGUGUUGUUUCAGACUGCAGAGGGAGGAGCCUUUUUAUUGUCCACGGCUGUUCGAAUGCUCCAAUCAGACAGGCCAGUUUAGGAUGACCGAGGUGGAAGACUUCACCCAGAGUGACCUGGAUGAGGAGGACGUCAUGCUGCUGGAUACCUGGGAGGAGGUGGGAGGUCAAAAGAGCUGUAAUCCAAACGGUUGUCUGUAAAAACAAAGAUACAGCCUCUUUGUAUGUCAGUUACCACAGUUAAGAGGAUUUAUUUACUGGCUCUUGUAAGAAAAAACAGAAAAAUUAACCUGAAAAACUGAUUUUUUUUUCGACUAAUGUUUUGCAAAGUCUAGCUCAAAAGUGAUUAAAAUUUUGAUUUCAUUAAAAGAAGUAUCAGCUCUCUUACAGAAAAUAAAUUCAAAAACCUUGUACUGAAUCGCUCAAGUUUAGUUGAUGUUUUGUGACUUUCUUUCUUGCCUUUUAAAAUCCCCUUAGAUUUUCUUGUGGGUUGGCAUAUCAGCCAACCAGUAUGAAACCAAGGAGGCGUGGAACAGCGCGCAGGACUACCUCAGGACCCACCCUGCGGGACGCGACCUCGACACGCCCAUCAUCUUUAUCAAGCAGGGAUACGAACCGUUGACCUUCACCGGCUGGUUCAACGCAUGGGACCCUCAUACGUGGAGUGUGAGUUUGUUUGAAUUCUCGUAUCGCGCUCAGAGGCGGUAGAUUUAAGAGUUUGAUUAAUAUUUACAUGACAUCAACAAUAACAAUAAGUAUGGAGGAGAGAUUUCACAUGAAAUCAUUUAAGAGUCAAUACAAUGAAAUGUGGAUGAUUUUACGUCAAUGUGUCAAAGAAGAUUCUGCAUGGUUACUCAUUUUUAGUCCUUACUAAACCAAUCUUUUGAACAGGGGGGCAAAUCCUAUGAGGAAAUGAAAAAAACUCUGGGUGAUGCAGCAUCAAUCUCACAGAUAACUGUAGUAAGUGAUUAACUGACAACAAUACUAACGCUGACUGACUGAAUGAGUCUACUAAUAUAACAAAUAACAGGAAACUUUCUCCUCAGGCUUCAAAAUGUCAUGUCAUUCCCCAAUAUUUGCAGGAUCUGAACAAUGCUAACCUUAACAAGAGUCCUGCUGGGAUGAGCGGGGGCGGUUACAGGGCUCCAGGAGGCCCCAUGAGCUCCCCUCCAGUGUACGGGUUCCAGGGAGUUGAUCUGUCCCCCAGACCCUCCACUCCCUCCAGCCCGUCAUUUUUCAGACCUAGUGGCACAGUGUCUCCCUCUGCUGGAGGCUCUGGGGUGUAUCUGAAGCCGGAGCUCCUUAUCAACAAGUCUCCAAGUGAGCUGCCGCAGGGAGUGGACCCCAGCCAGAGAGAGGUAGGUGCAGGAUUGUGAAUCUGAAUGUAAUGUAACUGUACGGACACUGCAGGUACAGAUGGCAAAGUGACUGCUGUCUUAUAGGAAACUCAUAAAACUCAGUUAAACGUGGGGGUGGGCUUGUAGGUUUGGAUUCUGGUUAAAGUAUUUUAUUAUCCUUCAAAUCAGACCCAGUAUUGUUUUUAUUUUCUAUUUUAAUUUCUAUGACAUACAAAGACCACUGUAACACUUCAUGUGGAUUCAGGAUAGCACACACGCAAAAGCAUUUCCUCAAAACCUGUUAUGAAAGGCUUUAAUUUCAUAAAAACAGAAUAUUUCAGACUUUGUCUUGCAUGCUGUAGUUUUUGUUUUCGAAAGCUUUAUUACCCUGGAGUCACACAGAAUAUCCUUGUCCUGGGUAUAAACCAAUCACUAAAGUUCAGGUGCGGGUCCUUUAGCCAAAAGUAGCUUUAGAGAGUCUUGCUUCACUUGCAAAAUAUCACUAAAACCAUACACAAAGGGAUAAAAAUAAUUUACAGAACAAACAAAAUAACUGGAAUGAUAAGCUUUAAAAAACUUUUAAGAAAUGCAAAGCUUCAGGGAGCCACAAAACAACUGCAGAGAGUUGAUGAACAACUUCAGAGCCACAAAUUGACGUUAAAAAGACACCAAAUGUUAACAAGAAUGAGCAAAAAAGCUGCAGAUACAACUCUGUGUUUCUUUGUUAAUAAAUUUACUCUCUUUGUGGUCAUUUUGGAUCUCUUUAAGUUGUUUCUGUUUCUUUUUAGCUGUUUUUUUCCACCUGUGUUUUUGUGGCGUCUUAUGAAACAAGGGGUGGAGUCUCUCUUUGCUCUUUUGUUGUAUAAUCUUUCCAUGACUCUAAGAAUGACUGAGAUUCAAUGGGAGGUGCUAAAUGUGUGGCGGUAUCAUGUGUGUCUUGAUGUAAUAACGCAGAGUGUACAGAAGAGGUCAACCUCACUAUUUUUUCUAACCUCCUCUAUCCUCUGAUUCUAGGAGUUCCUGUCUGAUAUGGAUUUUCAGAACCUGCUCGGUACAAGUCGCUCAGACUUCCACCGCCUGCCAAAGUGGAGGCAAAAUGACCUGAAGAAAAAAGCUGGACUAUUCUGAGGAUUGCUGGAUUAAACACUUAUUAGACCUGAUCUUACUUUUCACAGCAUUUCUUUAUGUAUCUGGAUCAGUCCAUCAGAAUAUUGUUUUCCCUUUUUCUUCCAACCAGCUUCCAAAAGGAUUUAUAUAAUUAGCUCAUCAUGAUUCACUUUAAAAUGUUAUAACAAGCAAUUGAACUGCACUACAGAUUAAAACAACACCUAUAGUUUUGCCUUAUAUUUAUCUUUAUGUUAAAUUGUAUGUUAAUCAGAGCAUGAUUGAGUUUAUCUGCCAACUUUUUCAUUUGCAUGCUGAAUAAAGAAGACAAUAAAUGAAGACACAACAACUUGAA